ACUGAAGACGGUGGAACUCUACCAACAAGAAACAGGAUUCGCAGCUCGGGAUACCCGAAAAAUCAAGUCGAGUUCGCUGACCCACCUUCUGCAACUCCAGCCUUGGGUUUUUGACGCCAAGCACCCUGCUGAUAAAGAUGUCCAUGCAGAAGAUAAGCAGGUGUUUGUGGACAUGCUGAAGGGGAUGCUUCACCUGGAAGCGUACAAGCGCAUGACGCCCUGUCAAGUCCUGGCGCAUCAGUUCAUCAACAUGAGCCACUUAAAGCCCCAUCGCGACACCAGCCCUCACGCCAAGUCCUGCUACGAGAUCAUGACCCACUGCGAGAAAGAGACAUCUCACGUUAACAAAACACGGUCUGCGGCCUUGCAGAGGACUUCUUCAAAAGGUUCCCGUUCUGUUCAGCAGGAUCACACCACAAGAAAAUCCCACUCAGCAAGAACCAGAAGGAAGUUCGAUGACGGAACCAUGAAGCAACUACGUGAUCUCCCCAAAAGGCUUAAAAUUGGAGGUGAAGACUAUCAGCACAGGCUCAGAGUGGACCAGCCCACUAACCAACCCGUUCAAAAAGAACCGAAUCGAUCUCAACUCUGCUGGACCUCAAACUCCUCAAGACGAGUGAAGGAUUGUAAGUACAUGAAGCCCAAGACCAGAUUUGCCGUGCGGUUCAUGGAGGAGCAAAGUGGAAGGGAUGAGGACCAGAGUCUGACUCGAACCCACCACCAUCACCAUCACCUUGGUCGAGUAACAAAAGCUUCUGGCGGUGGUGGUUCGAUAAUCUGGGCUUUGGGAAAGGAUCUUACAAAAAGCGUACUAACUUAACCGAUUUGGGCGGUUUUGUGCGAUGCCUUGCAUGUCCACCACAGACCACCAGAGGUCGC